AUGAGUAGUUCUGCUGAUGAAAUAGAAUACUUGGCUACUGAAAUCAUAACUAAUUCCAAACCUGUUUCAUAUCACAAGUUUUCUCGUCAACUCAACAUCCAUGUAUCUAAAGCCAAAGCUACAUUACUUGAAUAUUAUCAAAAAAACAAAAAUGAUCUAACAGCAACGUUUAUUGUGACUGGCAGAAAUGACAAUGGGAAAUUAAUCAAACUAUCAAAUGAAGAUGAUUUGGAGUCAGAUUUGAAAAAGUUCACCACAGUUCAUUGUGUUCAUGUGUAUUCCGUUCACAAGAAACUGAUUCAGUUUUCUAAUAAUGAGCUUGCAUUAGAAGAAUUGAAACACUCAAGUUCUUUAAAUAAGAUAUCCGAGUAUGAAAAGAAUGGGAUUAUUAUUGGACCAAAAAUUGAAAAAGUCAUCCCUGUAAAUAUCCCCUCAUCUCCUGUGAAGCCAGAACCAAGUCAUAAGAAUAAACCGACUGAAGAAAAGAAAUCUAGUUCAAGUCUACUUUCAUCAUACGUGUCCAGGAAACAAGAAAAGAAACAACAGGAUACAAGAUCUGGAACAUUAUCCAAUUACGUGUCACGAAAAACCGAACCUACAAUUCCAAGUAAAAGAUCUAACACAGAACCUGCUACAAAACCAACAUAUCAAUACAAAUCACGGAAACUCGAAGCUAAAGCACCAAAAGAGAGAGUGAUUAUUGCAGAAAACAAUGAUAAUGAAGACGAGGAGGAUGAUGACGAUGAUAAGCCAAUUAAAGCCUCACGUGCUACGAAUACAUCAGAUCUUCAGAGGAUGUUUGAUGGUGACGAUUUUACUUUUAGUGACGAUGAUGAAUCACCAGAAAAGGAAGUCAGAGAGACAGAAGAACCAAAAGAUGAAGAUAAAAAAGAUAUUUUACCUGAAUCACCGAAGGAAGAACAACAAAGCAAGGAAGUCAAUCCUGAGAAUGAGCCAGGACUUUUUGUUAAUGAAGAAGAAGAAGAAAAAGAGGAGAAGGAACAAGAAGAAACUCGCUCUGGAGAACAAGAAGAAUUUAUUACUGAAAAAGAUGAAGAAGGAUAUCUUAUUACAAGAAAAGUAAAGCCUAUAACCAAACAAGCAAAACCCAAGAAACAGGUUGUCCCACCAAAAGUCACUAAACCUUCAACGGGGAAGAAAACAGGAAUGAAACAAUCUUCAUUAAUGAGUUUUUUUGGAAAGAAAAAGUGA